AUGUUGGCGAUGGGUACCGUCAAUACGAGUGGUACGCCCUUUCAGACGAUUGUCUAUUGUGAACUCACGACGGAAGCCGAUGUUCUAAUGAAGCCGUUACUGAUUAGCGAGGACUUUGGACCAACUAAUGACGGUAAACCAUCGGCCGAACUACAGUUACAUUACGAGAGAAUGCGAGGACAGAUAGGAAACGGUGUUACUAACUUUGAUGUUGAUGUGAAGGCAAAAAAGAUUUUCGUUUCCACCGCUAACCGACUUUACAAAUAUUAUGUAAGUGUUCUCUGUUACAAAGCUUUCAGGUAUCUAAAAAAUUAAACCUUAUCAGCAGUAUGCUUUACUUGUAUUUUUAUAUCUCUUAGGAUGGACGGCUGACUCGUCUUUGUGGGUGGACUGAGUUGGAACCCUUGAAUUGUCAACAUUCACCCGUAGAUUCUCGAUACGUUGCAUUUACAUCGCAUGGACGGCUGUAUAUUGAUAGGUACGUAUGCUAAUUUUGUUUAAAGAAUUGUCGUUUUAGAGACGGUGAAUUUUCGUUUGCCACUCCCGUCGAUAGGGAUUCCGCUAUAACAAGGGGGACACCAUCAUUUGUAGUUCAGGAAGAGCUGGAAAGAGAUAAAGGAUUUUGGUGGAGUCCGGCUAGUGUUGAACUUGUUUACGAGAAAGUCGAUGAAACCAAUGUAGCCCAACUGAAUUUUGCAACACCCGGGAAAGCACCGGCAAGUCCUAUGAGAUAUCCACGCGUUGGCCAAAGCAAUCCGCUGUCCGAUCUUCAUUUAUUGACUUUUAACGAGAAAACGAAGGAAUUUGAAGACCGGCCAUUGCUACAGACCUUGGAUGAGAUUGUUCCGAAUUCAGAAUACAUUUCUCGUGUCAAUUGGGACCCAAAUGGGAAGCUGUGAGUCCUCUUCCGUCCAUUCCAGUCUUCAGGUUGUACUUGAGCUUAUUUGAUCGGUUCCAAAAGAAGUUAUCAGUGGUUGUGUUAGAUAAAGAGAACUUUAUAUCUCCACAAAGGAUACCAAUAGUUGUCGUCAGGGAGGAAGAGAGCAUAUCUUGGGUUAAUGUGAGUAUUUGUUAAGGUAAAUAGUUUUUCAGCAUAAUAAUUUGACCUAUAUAUUGCCUUCUUGUAAUGAGUAUAAAACUGGUGCUUUGAUUUACGGGUCGGAGAAGGAUGAUAAAUGCCAUUUGUAUUACUCGGAAAGGAUUAUGCACGGUAGGAAGCUUACGACUGAAAUUAAUUGUAAUGCUUUUACAGAAGGUAAACCUUUCACUUGUGAUGUGAGAAUAACAAGCGGGAAGUGGACGGUGUUAAAAGACGCUCCGGUGGUAGUUGAUAUACAUAGGAUGCACAUAUAUUUUUUAGCUUCAUAUUCUUCUGCUUUCCGUAACCAAUUGUAAGUUUAUAAAUUUUAUUUUUUACUGCUCCAGAUGUGUGUGUAAGGUUGAAAAGAAUUCGCAGCCUCAGCCAUUGACUCCGUCGGAUUUAUGUUUCAAGUAAGUUGUUUCUUAUUUUCAUUUCAAAUCAUAGGUAUGACAGAUGUGAUUCUGAACUGAGUCUAUGGCCUGAAGUUGGAUUCGUUUGCUGGCUAAGUAAUGUAAAACAAACUCCGGAAUGCCGUUUCUAUCAACUUAUCCAGAACAACGAUGGCAGUCUUCCUGAAGCAAAAUUUGCCCAUCGGUUUACAAUUGAUCAUGGAUCAACUCUUCCAGUCGAGAAUACCAUAAACGGAGAUGUGUUCAGUCCCCUUUCGCCAUCGGCAAUGUCCGUAGACCAGCCAUUGGCCCCGCCUCUAACAGAAAUUUUUAAUCACGAGUUCUCAGAAACCCUGCUUCCGUGUGGAGAAACUGUUUUUAGCAUUGUCUUCACUCCAAAUGGCGCCACAAAGCCACUGCCAGUCCUUCAUUAUGUUUACGGGGGACCUGGACUGCAAAUUGUAAAAGACAGUUGGCUAACGUACGUGUAAAAUAUUGCACACUCAUUGGUUCCUUUUUAGAAUUUCGCAGUUCUUGAAAUUUAUAGCCGCAGGGUAUGCAAUUGUGCUUGUCGAUGGAAGGGGGUCGGCAAAUCGAGGAAUAAAAUUUGAAAGUCAUAUAAAAGGUCGUCUUGUGAGUCUCACAACAAGUUCCCUUUAUUUUAUUUACUCAGACAGCCCUGUAAUAUCAUGGUUUUAGGGGCAAGUUGAAGUGGAAGAUCAAGUCUACGUAUUAAAAACAUUGGCGUCGAAAAACAUGUUGUUGGAUAUGGACAGAGUUCUUGUAACCGGCUGGUCGUAUGGAGGUUAUAUGUCACUUCGUAUGCUAGCUCUUUAUCCACAGAUAUAUAAAGGGGCAUGCGCAGGCGGAGCUGUUGUUGAUUGGAAGCUUUAUGACACCUGUUAUACCGAAAGGUAUAUGGAAUUUGAUUACGAUACAAAAUAUUGGAAUUCAAACAUCCUCUCAGUUGCAGACAAGCUGCCUGACGAGUAAGUGGAUGCGGAGAAUAUUUACAUGAGUUUAGGCCCAACAAACUUCUGAUAGUUCAUGGAUUGAUCGACGAAAACGUCCACUUUGCGCAUACUGAAAAGCUGGUUCAACAGCUAAUUUCGUUAGGAAAGCCGCAUCAGUUACUGGUGAGCCGAAGGAAAACUGAAUAACUUUUCUUUAGGUUUUCCCAAACGAACGCCAUGGUGUCCGCAAGGCCGAAGCAGUAGAAUAUCUUCAUGCGAAUAUGCUUAAUUUCUUUCAAAAUGCUAUUAAUCGAUAA